AUGGGCAACAACUCCAGUCGGGUCACGGCCCAGGACAAGGCCGUCCUCGACCUCAAAACCCAGCGCGACAAGCUGCACCAGUACCAGCGGCGCAUAACCGUCCUCACCGACCGCGAGACCGAGAUCGCAAAGCAGAUGCUGGCCAAGGGCGACAAGAAGCGCGCCCUGCUCGCCCUGCGCCGCAAGAAGUACCAGGAGUCGCUCCUCGCGCAGACCGACGGCCAGCUGGAGCAGCUCGAGAAGCUGACGGCCAACGUCGAGUUCGCCCAGAUACAGAAGGAUGUCGUCUUCGGCCUGCAGCAGGGCACAAAGGUCCUCAAGGAGAUACACGCCGAGAUGGGCGGCAUAGAGCACGUCGAGAAGCUUAUGGGGGAGACUGCCGACGCGAUCGCGUAUCAGAAUGAGGUCAGCGAGAUGCUCGGGGGCAAGAUAUCGAACCAGGACGAGGACGAGGUCGAGGAAGAGCUGGCGGCCAUGGAAGCCGAACUGGGAGAGAGGGCGCCGCUGCCCAACGUCCCAGAUACCGCACUCCCCGCCCACGAGAUGAUACCAGAACCACAGCCUGCAAGGGUGAAACAGAAACAACCGGAACAACAAGCUAUGCUUGCAUCAUGA